UGGGCUUGAUCAGAGUGAGGCAGCGGAACGCGUCCUCGCUCGCCGCUAGUGACAACAACACCCAAUAGAUGGCAUCACCUGACACUAUUUACACUAAGUUUACCAACAACAUUGUAGUGUCAAUGGCUCAGUUGCAGUUUGAAGAAGUUUAUCCUCCAGCAUGACACCAAGGGGGCUCCCAUGAUUAUACGGACACAUGCGUUUUAAGUUCUCAAUUUUCAAGAGAUGGAAAAGCCUGGGAGCUCAAGUUGGGCACUGGUUAUCCGUGAUGAUGGGGAGGCAAGUGUUGUCCCACUCUCUGAUGUUCCCAUCAUACAGCAGGAAGGGACUGCUAUAGCUGACAAGAAUCCCACAGUCAUUGUUUUGCAAGCACAAGAACAAGAUGAAGCAACAAAUGGCUGUUCUGUUGAGGCCAAUGUUAUGGAGGAUGUGUCCAAGAAUGUUGGUGGAAGAGAGGGCUCCAGAACCCAUGCUGAAAACAUCAGAGGCCUUAUCAGUCUAUCUGGAGGCCAUGUGGAGGACCCGCUUAAUCAUCUUGGGGGUACAGUUAUUACCAUUGCUGAUGCCUCACAACCUCUCUCAUCUAUUGAGGCAGGUUCCUUGGAAAACAUUGAGAUGAGUGUACUUGCACAUGAAGAGACUGCACAUACAUCUUGUGAGAGUGAAUUAAAUAAGGAUAUCUCAAAAUACUGUAAAUCCAAGGAAGCAGUUCACAUUACAAGAGUAAAACCAGUGGUCUUUACAAGCAAUGACAAAUUGUCACCAUCCAGUAGCUGUAAUAAUGAAGGCAGUAAUAAAAUUGUUACUCUCAAGCAUGUUAUGAAGAUGGAAAGUGAAGCUGAAGAAAGUAGAGCAGAAGAACUAGAAUAUAAAUUACUUAAAAAUGAAUCUGUGGAAGAACAAAAGAAAGAGGAUUUUUGUACAAGCAUUAACAGAUGGAGAAAAAAGCUGGCAUGCUCUAACGAUUUAGUCGAGCCAUUUGAAAGGAUGGAAGCUACAGUACAUAAAGACCUAAUAACAGAAUUGGGAUUAGCAUCAGAUAAUGGCAUAUUCAUCACCCUACACCAGCAUGGGAUUGCCAGAGGUGUUCGAGUUACUGAAACUGGUCCAGAUCAAAUAGUUGUAUCAGGUUCCUUGGUGGAACUUCUAGCAUCCAGGGACAUGAUUCUUUUAGAAAUUCAAAAAAUUAGAGGACUGCCUCCUUCACCUCAGACAGAUGAUCUAACUGGAACACGCGAGGUUGGAGUAAUGUGUGAGUUAAUUCCAUCACCACCCACCGCACGAUAUGCUUCCUCAUUGGGCCUUGACCGUUCUGCACGUAGAUACCAUUCCGUCCUUUCCCGUCCUUUAUCUCCAGAGCCCCGCCCACAACGAAGAAAGUCAAGGAAACACUUGAUGACUAAUUCUAAAUUUAGAAACACUGACAAGCAGCAUAUACCAUUACUGAGAAGUUUCAGUAAUAGAAUAUUUACCAAAUAUUCAAAUCAAACUUCUAGAAAGUUGGAAAGUAAUAUUAAAAUUGAAAAAGAUGUUGAAGAAAAACUGACAAGGCAAAAUUAUCUAAACUCUCAAGAACAUAACCCAAAGGUAGAGAUACUUUUAGGAGAUUUGAAGACUGAGCCAGAGUGUGAUGAAACAAUUAUUGUAAGUAAUAUAAAUAAUCCUGAAAUCAGGGACCAUGGAAUUAGUCAUAUAAAUUACAAUAAGUCAGUGGUGGUUAACAAAACUAAUGAGAACUUGACUUUAUCCUCCAUAACAAAAGAUAGUGUGUUAAAGUCCCUAGAUGACAGAGGGGUCCAGUUCAGUGGGUGUGAAGGCAUGGAAGGCUCUAAUAAUAAGGAAAAUAUUGAUAAUGUAUUUGUUAAAAAGGUGGAAGAGAAAGAUGAGGAAGAGGAGGAGCAGGAAGAGGAAGAGGAGGAGGAGGAUGAGGAAGAAGAGGAGGAGGAGGAAGAAGGCAUAGAUAUGGAUGUAGAAAAUGAUAAGAUGAUAUGUGAACCUGAAAUAAGUAUAUCCGAAGGACAUGAAGCUCUAUUAAAAGAUCAUUGUAGUGAGGAAGUGAAAUUCAAAUUCUCAUGUAAAAUUUGCUCCUACAAGAGUAUGAGAGAAAACCACUUUGUAAAACAUAUGCAACUUCAUGAUAAGGGUUUGGCAUUAUAUCAAUGUAACGAGUGCAACUUUGUGUCAAUACGUGCAAGCCACCUCCGUCGGCACAGGAUGUCACAUGCACAGCAAGUUUUGAAUUGUCACCUCUGUGCCUAUACCUGUGACGAUCAAAAGCUGCUUUCUAAACAUACUCGAGUUAAACAUAAAAAAGCAAAGCAGCCAAAACCUAUUGGUAGCGUAUUUGAGUGUGACGAGUGUGAGUACAAAACCAGUUGGCACAACGCAUUCCAGAGACACCGUCGCACACACUCGCCUUCAAAAAUGAUUGUUAUGCACACUUGUCCUCAGUGUCCAUACAAGACUGUGCGACGUGAGCACUUUUUAAGACACAUAGAAAAUGUGCAUCAAAACUACAGACCAUUUUUGUGUGACAUCUGUGGGAAAGCAUUCAAGAGACAAGAUGCUCUGAAGCAGCACUACGUGUCACACUAUCAAAAAUUGGCAGAGGGCAGCAGUGGACAAGUGGGACCAUAUGGAUUUGUAUGUCAUAUAUGUCAAAAGAUCUGCAGGUCUGCAGCUUAUCUUAAAGAGCAUAUGGCCACCCACUCUGAAGAAAGAUCAUUCUUAUGUGAGGUGUGUGGAGCCUCAUUCAAAACUCGCUCUGUCCAGAGGAAUCAUGUUCAAACUAUACAUCGACGUCCACGUGCAUUUACCUGCCCAGCUUGUGAAAAAAAAUUUAACACAAAGUUUGCUUUACGUCGUCAUAUGAAGCAACAUGAUACAAAUAUUGAUGAUGGUGAUGAAUUACCAAGUAUUACCAGAACUUCAAAGAUGAGUGGCAGUUCAAGAAUACGUGAGCUACAGCAGAGUGCAGGAUCUAUGAAUCAUCCUAAAUCAAGUGUUCUACAACCAUCAAGUAGGAGUAAAUCAGCCAUCCGUGCCUCUUCUAUUAGAUCGUCCUCGCACCCUCCUCCAUCAGCCUAUCAAAUUACUAUUGAUGGUCAACCAGCUUUUUUAUUGCCUCAUAUUGAUGAUCAUCAUGCAUCAAUUGAGGACAGUGAGUCUUCUAUCAUUGAAGGCAACAGUACAGUGUUAGUUGAAGCCAAUGAUACAAGUGGAACAGAACUUGGUCCCCUUGCUGCCCAGGGUGGAGGUGAAGCUGUUUCAGUUCAACUUCAAGAACCAACUACAGUUCAUAUAGUCAAUCAGGAUGCUCUUUCUGCUGGAUCUGGUGAUUUAAUCCUUGCUGCUGACCAGUAUCAGAGCAGCCGUGGAUCAUCUGUGGUACCUGGUGACACAACAAACUACGUUGAUGCAGAACAUGGAAACUCAACUCUCUUGUACUUGACAGCAAACUUUCAUUAAAGAAAGUGACAACUGAUACAUUUUGAAGUGCCCCACGUGUUUCAUUAAGAAAGAUGUAACAAAACAACCCUCCUAGCAAAUCUGCCACUACAGCGUAUCAUGUGAUGUAGUAUGGCAUUGUUGUCAUUAACCUGACCAAAAUUUAAGGCUAUAUAACCUAUAUAGUAUAAGUUUGUAAAGAUAGGUAACAGUAAUUACCUAAUAACCACUAAAAUUCAAUGGAUGGAGAGGUAAGUAGAAUCAGAGUGAAACUGUUCUAGUCAAAACAGUGAGUUAAUAUUAUCACUUUGGAUACAGAAGGAUGACUUUAGGUGAUAAUAAAAAAUAUGCACACAUUUGUCGGAAAGUGAUUUAAAAUGUUCUUUUGCUGUGUUAUGAGAAACUAACAGUUGAAUAAAUCUUGCAAUGUUUGAUAUACUGUGUGCUGUUAGAACUGAAUGCAUAGCGGUGAUAAAAAGUUUAUUGUUUAUGAAAAAUAAAUGAUUUAUACGGA